AUGGAGGAAUUUAAAAACAUAGAAUUAAGACCAAGGAUCGCGGAGGCCCUAAAAGACGCAAAAUUUGAAACUGUGUCAGAUGUAAUGCAUCGUAGUGAAAAGGAGCUUUCAAAGAAAUUAAAAUUAUCAUCAAAGGAUGUAAAAGAACUUUUCCAAUGUAUAGCACUAGAAAUAAUAAAGACACGUCCACUAUUGUUCCCACUCACAAAUGCUCUAAAAAUGCUUAAUUCUGGAGAACAACGUAUGCUAACGACCGGUGAUGCCAUUAUUGAUAAAAUCCUUGGUGGAGGUAUUAUGUCAUGUGGAAUUACAGAAAUCGUAGGUGAGAGCUCUGCUGGAAAAACACAAAUGUGUCUUCAACUUUGUUUGACAGUUCAAAUGCCAAUAGAAUUAGGUGGACUUGAAGGAGGGGCUGUAUAUAUAUCCACCGAAGGAAAUGUCCAGAUGUUAAUAAAACGAACGCAACAAAUGAUUCGUUUGUUCAAGCAACGACACGAUAUUCUGAAGGAUGUCAAUUUGUCAGAUGAAAUCAAAUACAUUACAGUCCCUGAUCUGGACACCCAAUAUCAGGUUUUACAUCUACAAUUACCAAUAUUACUUUCUCGGAAUAAGAUACGACUGGUGAUAAUCGAUUCCAUUGCAGCCAACUUUAGAGUUGCGUAUAAUUCAUCUGACGUUUCCAUAUUGCGCCAACGCUCUAAAGAACUUUGCAAAUUAGGAACAAAGUUCAAGGAAAUAAGUGAUCAGUUUCGAUUACCAGUGAUUUGUGUCAAUCAAGUUUCUGAUUUAUUUUCUAAAAAUGAUAUCAGGGAAUUUAUUGGAAAUAAAGAUGACAAUUUUUGGGAAUAUGACUAUUAUCAGAGACAAUUUUUAGUCGGAAAAGGUUCGAAAAUCCCUGCAUUGGGAUUGUUGUGGUCAAAUAUGAUUAAUUCAAGGAUCAUGUUAUCCAGGGCCGAUAGAACGUUAAUAGGCAUUGGAGACAAAUGUCAAAGAACAAUCACAUUAAUGAUGGCUCCUUAUGCACCAAGACAAUGGGGUGAAUUUUAUAUUGAUAUCGAAGGGAUACAUGGAAAGGUUAACUAA